AUGUCUAAUUGUAAAAUUAUUUGUGAGAUACCUAAUAAGGAAAUAAUUUAUCUUGAUUGUGAAUACUAAAACAUCAAAGAAGAAUUACAAAAAAAAAAGAAUAACCUAAAUUAGGAUUCAAUUGUUUUGAUCGAUAUUUCUGAAACAGUAUAUUAGGCAACAAAGAUAAAGAAUAAUUUAAUGAGAGAUUAGAUGUACUUUAAAGUUUAUGAUGCUAAUUAACUUUAAAGAGAAUUGAAAGAAAUGGCAAAGAUAAAAGUAGAAAAAGAAUAAUUAAUAAAUUAAGAUAAUACUCUAUUAUAAAGAUGGUAUAAAGAAUUUGAUUUAGAAGCAGUUUCAAUUACUUCUUUAAAAAGCACUUUAAAUUAAAUGGAGUAAAAAUAUUAAAAUUAGCUGUCAUAAUUCAAGUCACAACUUUAGCUUAAUGCCUAUACUAAUCAUGUGUUUUAAAUGAAUAAUUUAGAAAAUAUGGAAUUUGAAAUAGAAAUAGUAGAAGAUUAAGUAUAAAGUUAAAAAAAAGUGACACUUGAGCAAAAAUAAUUGUUCAAAUAAAUAAAGGAAAAAUUAAAAAAUGAUAGUUCUGAAACUUCUUCUAAAUACUAAGAAGAUGGAAAUGCUAUUAAAUUAAGCAAAGAAAUUUAAGGAAAAUUGAUCGAGGCUGAAUAGAAGUUAUCAAAUUUAGCUGAAGAAAUGAAAGAAAAGGAAAAAUAUCAUUACAUGAAAAUAUAAUAAUUAUCUGAAAAUAAUAGAACGUAAACUGCUAACAUCCUAAGAACAUAAUAAGCAGAAAUGGAAAAAAUUUAAGCUGAAAAAUAAAAAUAAAUUUAUGAAAUCUCAGAAAGACGUGAUAUCCUGGAGGUAGAAUUAAAUAGGAUGAAUAUAAGAUUUAGCAACCUAGAAUAAGAAAAUUAAUAAUUACAAGAAGAUUAUUUAUCACUUUAAAGGUCCUUUGAAGUAUAAUUAAAAAACAAGAACGAAGAACUUAUGGUUUAUACAUAAAAAAUUUUAAAUGAGUAAUGGCAAAAUUAUGUUAGUUAGAUAUAUUCUUAAUUUUAAUUAUAGUUUGAACAAUAUUAAAAACAUUUCACUUAAGAAAUCGAAUAAUUAGUUGAAAGAUUAGAAUAAUAAUAAACAGACUUUGAAGAGGAAUAAAAAUACGAUAAAAAAGAGAGAGAUGAAUUGAAAUAAUAGUUAAAAACAAAAAGGGAUGAAUUAUUAAAAGCUUAACUAGGCAAUUUUGAACUAGAAUGUACUAUUUCUGAUUUGAAUGAUAAAAUUAAAAAGUUAGAGAGAAAGAGAGAGAGAGAGAGAGAGAAUUAAAAACUAAGCAAGAAUAAAAUUGGUGAGUUGGAAAAUGCUAUCAAGUAAUUAGAAAAAUACAUAGAAUUUUUGUAAAAAGGGAGAAUUGUUUGA